UUCUGCAUGUUUGGUUUUGACUGGAAAAGGCAAAGCCAUUGUUAUCAUUGUUUCUUCUCUUCUUAUUUACGAAUAUUUAUUAAUUAAGUAAUUCCCACUAUGUAGUUUAGUUUUUCUUUUUGUUUUGUUACAUUUUAUGGGUAAAAUGAAUGCUAGUUAGUUUAGGUUAGAAUCAUCAAGAAAGAAGCCCAUUAAAAGAACGAGUGGGUUUUUCCAGAAAAACAUUCUUCUGUUUAGUUGUAAGUCUCCAUUUUUUUUUUUUUGGAAUAAAAUCUCAUGGUCUGAAUCAUCUGUUUUAGUUUUUUCUUUCCCGUAAACUUAAACUCAUUUUAUGGAAAGAUCGUAGACGUGGUGCAGUUGCUUUAGUUUUUGUUUUCCUUCUUCAGUUUCUCGCGGUGUUACCUACGGGGACGAUCCGCUUGUACUUCUUAGUUUCAUGUGAAAACAAAAGGGGUUUUAACAAGAAAAUGCUACUUUCUUUCACUUUUUCGUUCAAUCCGAGGACUCAUUAGUUUCGAAACCCUCUUUCUUGGAAGCUAAAAACCGCUCUUGGUGGGUGAGUGCGCAUUUUCCGCCCAUGAAGAUUGAUACCCACUAAAGGAAAAUUAAGGGAUUCUUUGGUCUUCAGUGGGUAUCUCCUUCGAAGCAGAAAUGAUUCAAUUGCUGUUCUUGGUUCUUCUUGCCGAGAGUGUUAUAGCAUUCCUUCUAUUGGUAAAGAUUGGUCCAUUUAGGGAGCUGGUUAUAAAGAGUUUGGAUCAGGUGAAGACGGGGAAAGGCCCGGCGACUGUGAAAACCAUUGCGGGUACUAUGUCUGUGAUUCUCCUAUCAAGUCUUAUGAGCAUUAUCAAGAUCCAGAACAAGGGUGCUAAGCUUGGUACUAUGUCACCCAUGGAUCAGGUUCUGUGGAGAACCCACUUGCUCGAGGCUUCACUCAUGGGUUUUACCCUAUUCCUUGGAUUCAUAAUUGAUAGGAUGCACCAUUAUCUUAGAAAGCUUAUAGGGUUAAGGAGUAGUGUGGGAUCUUCAAAAGAGGAGCUUGAACAGCUUCAGAAGGAGAAAACGAAGCUCAAGGAGAAGGAGGAGAAAGCAUCAAAGGAAAUUAAGCUCCUGCGUGAAGAAAUUUCUUCACUAUCAGAGAAUUUAAAGAAGCUGAAGACGGAAUCUGAAGAGAAGGACAAGAAGAUUGAAACUGCUGAAGCUCAUGUUGCCGCUCUUCAGAAACAAUCUGCAGAUUUACUGCUUGAGUAUGAUCGAUUACUAGAAGACAACCAAAAUCUUCAGAAUCAAGCUCUAGGAUACCGAAGUUAGAAAUUUUUUGAAAGACUCUUGAUGUUAAAUAUUCGGGUAUAAUCUUUUUUGUCAUCAGUGAUGUUGAUCGAGCAUCCAAAAUGUUAUAGGAAUUGUCAUGAAUUGGCUUACCUCCUUGUAGGGGUUGAAGGUGUUUGGUGGUUUUUUCUUUUUUUCUUUUUUUGAUGAAGGGUUGGUAGGUCCUUUUAACAUAAGCAAAGUGGUGUCUGCUAGUGCUUAGCAUUGUCAAAAAUUUUGUAAUUCUCAAGAAACUAGAUUUGUGGUUAAA